AUGAAUAAGCUAGUCGGUGUCAUACCAAUAGAGAUUUUUCAACUCUCUGGCAUGACAACUUUGUACUUCCAUGGAAAUUCUUUGAACGGUUCUCUUCCUCCUGUAUCCAACAUGGAGCAGCUAGAGACAAUAUUUGUUUCGAACAACCAGUUGUCGGGGAAAAUUCCAGAAAUCAAAGCAAACGGCUUUAAGACGCUAUUGAUGGAAAGAAACAAAUUUAGUGGCUCAAUUCCAAAUAGCCUAGGGGAUUUAGCAUCCCUUAAGACACUGGAUUUAUCAUCAAACAAUAUCAGAGGUUCAAUUCCUGAGAGUUUAGAAAAUCUCAAAUAUAUGGUCAGCUUAAAUUUGUCUAGGUGGAAAGGAGUUUCAACUAGUGGAGAUGUUCAUAGCCAAAAAACCAACUUAUGA